UUGUAUAUAUAGUCAUUGAUAAAUAUUUAAUCGAUAAUAAUAUAACUAUAAAAAUUCUAUUAGAUCCGUAACCUAAUCCGCGGGCCACCGCAAAAUUCCGAAAAAAAAAACUUUAGAUUACAUAAACGCGCGCUCUAGAGCGAUAACGAUGGUGUAAUACGCAGUGUGAGGGUGUGUGUGUGUGUGUGCAUUCGAUUUGUGUGGAAAACACGAGAUUAUAAAGAAUAAUAAUAUAUAGGUAGCAUAAUAAAAGCAAUAAAAAGAAAAGAAAUCGGUCACGUGAGAAAAAAAGAAAUGUAAAGGCGUUCCAUUAAUGAAAAUUGACGGCAAUUAGUGUGCGUUGACGGCGGGGUGGGGGGGUUAAACGCGCGCGUACGCGAUAAUAUAUAUAUUAUUUUUAAAUUUCGGCGGUACCUGCGUAUUAUAAUGUUUAUACAUACAUAUAUAUAUAUUACAUAAAUGUGCAUAUAGAUAGGUAAAAUUUGUUAUACUUUUGGUGUCUUUUCACACGAACACCGCCAGUACUCCCGACGUCGUCGUCGUCGUUCCUUAUGCUCUUCCCCUCUCCAUCCCCACAGCUGUCGAAUCGUCGACGCGCUACCGCCAAGUUUUAAAACGAAACGUCCGCGUUACCAUGUGACACAUUGCACGCGCGCGUCUAGCCGUCGUCGUCGUCGUCGUCAGUACCAGUUACAGAUAUCUAAGAAAUCGCACGCACACACUACGUACGAGCGACAUACACACAGAGUAGUACGUGGCGCACCGUGCGGGUGCUCUCGUCAACCGUUGCCGUCCCGUACACACCGCAACGCGAUCGCGGUAAAUAUAGACAUUAGACGCGGUCGUCACGCGGACCACGCGACACCGACGAGCAGGAAAUUUGCAGCGCGGCGAUCGACGCACAUUACUCGCCAGCUAAGAUCGGCUGCCGACCCGAUCGACGACGCCAAAUUAUGGACGCUUGCUUUAGCGCCUUCGAUAAGGACGGCGAUGGAUUUUUAAACAUUGAAGAGUUCGAUGGCAUCUGUAAAGGACUCUUCCGCAAUGACCGCGGAAUCGUGUAUAGUCUCGAUGUCCACACCCUCAAACAUAUAUUUAAUAUAUUUGAUACGAAAAAGGAUGGUUUGAUCGAUCGACAAGAAUUUACAAUGUGUUGGAACAAGUGGAUUAAGACUAUUAUAAGACCCGUCAACAUAUUUCUUAUAAUCGACGUCCAAAACGAUUUCAUAUCCGGUUCGUUGAACAUCAGCAAUUGCUCUGCGCAACAGAACGGUUUGGAGGUUAUCGAGCCUAUAAACCAUCUAUUGGACACUGUGAAUUUCGAUUCUGUAUUUUAUUCAUUUGACUGGCAUCCGAUCGAUCACAUAUCGUUCAUCGAGAACUUGUCUUUGCGUCCGUUAGACUCGUCAUCCCAAAUCAAAGCCGACAACGCAAAAUUAUACGACACCGUGAUAUUUGAAGGAUCUCCGAAGAUAAAACAACGUUUGUGGCCAAAGCACUGUGUUCAAGACUCGUGGGGUGCUCAACUCUAUAAAGACUUGAAGGUAGUGGACAACGCAGUAAAAAUAUACAAAGGAACGAUAUCAGACGUAGAUUCGUAUUCGGUGUUUUGGGACAACAAAAAAUUGACUCAGACCACAUUAGGCACACAGUUGGCUCAAUUGAAUGCAACUGACAUUUACGUGUGCGGGUUGGCGUACGACGUUUGCGUCGGUGCGACUGUAGCGGAUGCGUUGUCUAUCGGAUAUCGAACGAUAUUGAUCGAUGACUGUUGCCGCGGCGUUGAUUUGAACGACAUUGAAAAAACCAAGAACCAUGUUGUAAAAAAUCACGGUGUCAUUGCUCAAUCACACGAGAUAAAAACAAUGGUCGAAGGGCGUGACAGGAGGCCUGAGCUGGGCUAUAAAUUGGCACUUGAAAUCGAAAAGUCAAUGGAAAAAGAAAACUCCAAGGAAAAAGAAAACUACAAAUAGGAUCUAUUUUAAGUGUAAUUAUAAAAUUAAAAUUUUAGUGAAGCAGUAACUUUGUAAUUGAAAACUAUAUAAGAAAUCUCAUCGGUUGUUCAGUCAACCUUCACAGUAUUUGAUUUAUUCUCAUUAUUUUUAGACUUCAAUAGGUCUCUGGUAUAAACUUACUUGGAAAUUUAAAGAGUUGUGUUUAGUUUAUAAACCACAAAUUUCCAUAAAAAGUACUUAAUAUAUAAUAUAGAAAACAUAAUUUGUACGUUUGCACUGAGUAUAUUUAAUAACUGUAUAAAAAUUAAAUUUAUAUUAGAAUAAUAACAAUAAUUGCAUACUAUUUAAGUAUCAAACAAACAUUCCAGCCUUAUAUUUUUUAAAAAUACCACAUUGUUAACUAUUAUUUUUAUUGUUAUUUUUUUUUUUACAUUUAAUUUAUUUAUUAAAUGUUAAUUUUGUUGAAGUUUUGUCUUAAGGCGAUUGGUAUGCUUCAAUAAAUUAGCAACAUUGUGUUUUAAAUUGUUGAGUUGCAUCACAGACAUUCUGACACUUUCACUAGUGUUGUUUUCAGUCGAAAAAUCAAUAAUUAUGUGUUUUUCUAUUUUUGAUCCUUCACUGAAAUAAUUAUAAAAUUAGUACACAUAUAAUUAAAAACAUGUUAACAAUCACAACUAACCAUUUUAAAUACAGUAAAAACAGCUUUAAUUGUGUAAGAUGAUUAACAAUUUUUUAAUAUCACAGUGUUUAAAAAAAAUAUUUUUGUAAAAACCACUAAGUCAACUGUACAAAGCAAUGUAUAAUAAAUACAAAUAUUGAUUUUAAAUUUAGAUUCAUAAUAUAUAUAUUAUAUUAUCUAUCUUUGUAAAUUAUUUUUAAUAAGUGAAAAAUGUUGGAUACAUCUUUACAAAAUUAUAAUUAAUAAAUGUAAAAAUUAUAAAACAUAAAAUAAUUAAUAAAAAUAAAUAAAAUUUGCUAUUAA